AUGGGCAUAUCAGCAACGGAGGUAAAGUUAUUAAUAUUGCCGUUUUUACUAUCAAUUGGCCUUUGUGACGUACAAUUUCUUAUACCUGAAGAACAUACACCCCCACCGCCUCCAAAGCCAUAUGCGUUUGGAUACGCAGCUGGAAGGUUCCCGGGGCACAUAGACAGAACCCACUCCGAAGUUUCCGAUGGAUCUGGGCUCGUUCAAGAUCAGCUACCUUCGGACACACUUACUUCACCAACUCACAACUUAUUCUUUAUCACUUACUACCCCUGGAGACCACCUGGAAAACCAACCAUUCACUUUAAGAAACUGGAACUAACUAACUAUCUCAUCUCAUAUAUCCAUCCAUCCAACCUCUCAUUAUACACACCCAUCUCACCACUUUCCAAAUUCUCGGCCAAUCAGAAAUUUGCAUACCACUCCCCACAUAAAAUCAGAAAUACCUCCAAACUUUCCUAA